UUGUGCAACACUCCCCAGGCCUCUUGUCUCUGUCUUCCCAGCAGGACGCUUAGCUAGGAUCUGUCAUGACGACUUACAGCAACAAAGGAGUGAAGCCCGAGAGAGGCCAGUUCCUCCACUUCCACUCGGUGACCUUCUGGGUUGGCAAUGCCAAGCAGGCUGCCUCCUUCUACUGCAACAAGAUGGGCUUCGAGCCAUUCGCCUACAAGGGCCUGGAGACGGGGUCCCGGGAGGUGGUCAGCCACGUGAUCAAGCAAGGGAAGAUUGUGUUCGUCUUCUCUUCAGCCCUUAACCCCUGGAACAAAGAAAUGGGCGACCACCUGGUGAAGCACGGUGACGGAGUGAAGGACAUCGCCUUCGAGGUGGAGGAUUGUGACUACAUCGUGCAGAAAGCCCGGGAACGGGGCGCCAAAAUCGUGCGGGAGUCCUGGGUGGAGCAAGAUAAGUUUGGGAAAGUGAAGUUUGCCGUGCUGCAGACGUACGGGGAUACCACACACACGCUGGUGGAGAAGAUGGGCUACACGGGCCGCUUCUUGCCUGGAUUUGAGGCUCCCGCAAUCAAGGACCCCCUCCUUGCCAAGCUGCCCAGCUGCAGCCUCGAGGUCAUCGAUCACAUCGUGGGAAACCAGCCUGACCAGGAAAUGGUGCCCGUCUCUGACUGGUACGUGAAGAAUCUCCAGUUCCACCGAUUCUGGUCCGUGGACGACACGCAGGUGCACACAGAGUACAGCUCUCUGCGUUCCAUCGUGGUGGCCAACUACGAGGAGACCAUCAAGAUGCCCAUCAACGAGCCCGCGCAGGGCAGGAAGAAGUCCCAGAUCCAGGAAUAUGUGGACUACAACGGGGGCGCCGGGGUGCAGCACAUCGCUCUGAAGACCCAAGACAUCACCACCACGAUCCGCCACUUGAGAGAGAGAGGCUUGGAGUUCCUGGCUGUGCCGUCCACAUACUACAAACAACUGCGCGAGAAGCUCAAGACGGCCAAGAUCCGGGUGAAGGAGAACAUUGACGUGCUGGAGGAGCUGAAAAUCCUGGUGGACUACGACGAGAAAGGCUACCUCCUGCAGAUCUUCACCAAGCCCGUCCAGGACCGGCCCACGCUCUUUCUGGAAGUCAUCCAGCGCCACAACCACCAGGGUUUCGGCGCCGGCAACUUCAACUCACUGUUCAAGGCCUUUGAGGACGAGCAGAACCGGCGAGGAAACCUCACGGACCUGGGCACCAACGGCGUUCCGUAGUCCCGGAGCCCCGCCCCCGACCGGCCACGCCCAGGCCACGCCCCCAUGCGAUUGUCCGACCACGCCCCCGGCCCCGGAAUACGCACCACACUUAGGUUCCUAACUGCAGACCCCAGACUGGCCUCUCCCACUAGGCCCCGCCCUCAGCCGGCCUCGGGGGCCCGCCCACCUUCUGGCCCCGCCCCUCGGUGGGCGGUGCUCUGUCAGGUCCUUUCUAAUAAAGCGGAAGGAGGCCGUGGA